AUGGAAGGGCUCUCCGGUAGUCUCGGGGCUGGGCAAAGGGAGAUGAUGAAAGAGGCCGACGCAGCUUCAAUUGCUGUGAUUCUCCAUGUUAGUGUUGGGUGUUUUGGUGGCAGUCGUGGUUCGAGUGAAGAAGAUAAAUCCCGUCAAGGGAGCUUUUCUAGGGCUGAGGCUUGCUGUCUCGGAGCGGAGCAGGAAGGGGAAAAAGCUGCGCCACUAAAGUGGGUGGUGGAUGGGGCGAAGAGAGACACAAAAGUGCAACAGCGUGCAGCAGUUGACUAG